UCAAUCUCCACCUUUCAGCCAACUGAUGCAAAAAAUGAUUUCAUAAAGGAUCAUUCAGUUUUAUUGUGGCAUGUUUAUCCAGCAAUAGAAUCACCAUUUUGAUAAUUAUUUUCUUAUUCUAACUGUGUUUUCAUCAUUGAUUCAUCAUUAUGGCCAUCAACAGAGCAUUAUUAUUCAAAGUAUCGCUAGAUUCAUUAGCUACUUUCUUAGUUGGAUUACCAUUUUUCUUAUUGUACUUCAUUGGUGACCCUUAUAAACGUGGCUUUUACUGUGAUGAUGAAUCAAUCCGUUAUCCUUUUAAAGAAUCAACCAUAUCAUCAGGAUUACUAUUCUCCGUGUCAAUCAUUUCUUCUCUUGUUGUGAUUUGUACAACUGAAUACAUGUCCUUAGAAAGCUUUAGACUUGGAAAUGCUGGACGCCAACCAGUGCUCCAAUUUGCAUGGAUACUCUACCAUCAGCUGAUUAUAUUUGCUUUUGGUGCUCUUUCAUCUCAAACAUUGACUGAUAUAGCCAAAUAUUCAAUUGGAAGACUCAGACCCCAUUUUAUCGAUGUUUGCAGGCCCGACGAGGCAUUUAACUGCGGUCAAAAUGAUUUCAGGUAUAUCGAGAAUUAUGUUUGCCAAGGAAAACCAGGAAUUUCCAGAGAUUUAAUGAGAGAUGCUCGACUAUCAUUCAUGUCUGGACAUUCAUCAUUUUCAGCUUAUUGUGCUGUUUACAUUGCUAUUUACUUACAGAAUCGUGUUAAAAGUCCAAAACUAGCUUUGCCAAGAGCUUUUCUCCAGGUUCUUGUCAUUUAUUUAUCAAUUUAUACUGGAUUCACUCGCAUCUCUGAUUACAAGCACCACUGGAGUGAUGUUCUCGUUGGAUUAAUACAAGGAACUUUGGUUGCCGUUUUGACCACACGCUAUGUUGCAUAUCUUUUUAAGUCUUCAAUUAUCAUUAGUGGUGUUGGAAAUAACAUGAAUACUAAUUCAUCAGUUGCUGAAAACCUGCAAAAAGAUAAAAGAAACUUUUCAACAUUCGAAGUUGAAGCUGGACCGGUGUAAUUAUAAAAUAUGAAACGGUUGGUAGAGGCUUAUCAGACUAAAUCAAUUGCCUUAUUUAGCCUCGAAAAGUUCAUCUACAGCAUAAUGAUCCGCACAAUUUCAUACUUCAUAAUUUCUGAGCUUAUGGUAUCCUAAAGCCUUUCAAACCAUUUGAAAACUACUUGGUGUAUAACAAUUAAUUUACCAAAAACGUCCAUUACUUUCAGUAUUCUUAUGCGCCGAAACAAAAAUGAAACCGUAGACAUUCCCAAAGUCUGAUAUUUCUAAUAACUAUAAAGACUGAUGAAAUGUAAUAGUUGAAAAUAUCAGAUCACAAAUCAAGUUCAAAUUUCAUUGUAUUCUGGAAAUUAACUAACUCGGAGAUUCUAUUUUUCAUAACCUUGUUAAAAUUUAACCUGCUUGAGUUGCUUGCACUUUCUUGUAAUAGCUGGACAUAUACAUUAAAUGAAAAAUUUAAUGUCUCGAUAAAA